AUGCGUUUCCUGCCAGAGGUUAACUAUAAUCCGGAUCUGAAGGUGUGGAGUGGAGUCGAUGAGGAUCCGAUCUUUGAUCCUAAACUCUCCUUGGGCGAGAUCAUCUUCACUGAAAUGCGUCGCCAUCCACAGCUAAUUGCGCAAAUCUCGGCUACGGAGAAUACCGUCUUGACCCGUGAAGAGCUCUUUCUGAAUUCCAAAAGUGUUGCAAGCUAUUUACGUAACAUGAACCUCCAACAAAGUGAUAUUAUUGGAAUCGUUGCCAGAAAUACAACUCACUCUUCUUCGGUAGCAUAUGGCUGUCUUUUCAAUGGUCAAGCCUUCCACAGUCUUAACGUUAAUCAUGCCCAGGCGACUAUAGAAAGGCUCUACGAUAUAACGAAACCCCGUGUGAUCUUCUGUGAUGGCGAUGAGUACGAGAAGAUUAGUACAGCAACUGCCAAGUUGAAUGUGAAGAUCGUUACUUUACGCAACCAUAAACCAGGAUCUAUUUCCAUCGAGGACGUUCUGUCCACUCCAAUUAAGGAUGGCUUCAAGCCUUAUAAAUUGGAGAAGGGCAACGAUCAGACCAUGGCCAUCAUCAGUUCUUCAGGCACCACAGGGGUACCAAAGGCUGUAACCAAUUGCGGCACCCACAAGUUCUUCAUGACGACCAAAUAUCUGACCACUGCUGAUGUGGCGUAUUGUCACAGCACUCUCGACUGGGUUUCGGGUGUGACAGCCACAAUUUCCACUGCUGUUCAUAGCACAACACGUGUCAUUGUCGAUGGUGGUUUCGAUCCUGCUCUGAUAUUGAGCCUCAUUGAGAAGCACAAGAUCACUUGGUUCCUGGGCUCACCUCCCAUGAUGGCCAUGAUGGCAAAUUCUCCGAAUUUUGAGAGUACCAAUCUUGAUAGCCUUAAGCACUUCAUAUAUGGAGGUGCGUGUGCUUCUGUUGAAGUUCAAGAUCGUUUCCGUAAACGACUUCCUCGCGGUGCCAUGGAGUUCGGCUUUGGGUUCUCCGAGCUGAGUUCGUCGAACUGCACUAUAAACAUGUACUACGAUGAGAAGCCCAAUGCAGUGGGACGUGUUUGCUCAGGCACUAAACUGAAGAUUGUCAAUCCGGAGCGAGAGGCCUUGCCACCAAAUCAACUUGGCGAGAUCUGCAUUCACCCGGGCCACUAUUGGGAUGGAUAUUUUCUAAAUCCUGAAGAAACGCAGCAAGCCCAAGACAGGGAAGGAUGGUUGUAUACCGGAGACACCGGUUACGUGGAUGACGAUGGAUUCUUGUACAUCUCUGGUCGCAUCAAGGACAUGUUGAAGUAUCAGGGACUCAUGUAUUAUCCCAGCGAAGUCGAGGAUAUCAUCACUAAGAUGCCAGGCGUGGCCGAGGUCUGUGUAUUUGGUAUUCCUCACGAAACCAACUGGUAUGAGAAUGCCGCCACUGUUGUGAUAAAGCGUGGCUCUAACAUCACCGCCGAGGAUGUUGUCAAAUAUGUGGCAAAUAAUACAGAUGCUAACUACCUACAGCUUAAUGCUGGUGUACUAAUUGUGAGUGACAUAAAGCGUCUUCCCAAUGGCAAAACGAAUCGCCAGGCUGCAAAAGAAUAUUUCUUAGCCAAUAAGAAUUAAUUAGACUUAUCAAUUGAUUAUCGUUCAAUCUUUCAACUAACUAAAACAUUUAACCAUUUAUCGGUUCAAAUACAUUGUUUUCUUUUCCUAUAA